AUGUCUUGUUGCCCCCUCCCUCACGUCAACACCCACGCCGCCGCCUCCCCUUUCCCUUCCUCUUCACCCCGCCCAAACGACACAAACACCAACACCAUUUCGUCCGGUCGCUUCUCCCUCCCCUUCCGGCAGCCGCCCACCGUCCUCGAGAUCAUCCGCGGGGACCCGGACGAGGGAGACGGACCGGAUCCGCGAACCGCAUCCGUGACCCCCAGCAGCAGCAGCAGCAGCAGCAGCGACCACCACUACAACCAGCACCAGGCGGUGGUGGUGGUUCGCGGUCUGCCGCGGGACGUGGUGGAGGCGGCGCUGGCCGAGGGCUUGGUGCCGGCGGGGUGGGCGGACCGGUUCGUGCGGAAGUGCCUGGCGCGGCGGAGGCCGUGGCGGCCGGUGGUGAUCCGGGGGAGGGGCGGCGGAGAUGGGGCGGGAGGGAAUGAUGGAGGCGGUGCCGCUAGUGGUAGUGGUGGUAGAAAUGGUAGUGAGACAAGGGGGCAGAGGCUCGGGGGGUACGUUUGGGAGUAUCCUGAGGUCGUGGAGCUGGAGGGGGGCGGCAUCGCGUUCGGUGGUGGUGUGAGGGACGGUGAUGUCGACGGGGCGCUGCCGCCGCCCGUGAUGCCGCUGCUGCCCCGAGGAGGCGCUGGCGAAGAGCGGGAGGGUCGCGAGACGGGGAAUAAGAGGCUGGGGGUGGUGUUCUGCCGGGCGGGCCUGUGGUUUGGGAAGGAGAGGAGCGUCUUGUUCCUGGACAGGGAUCCGCGGGAUGGCCAGGGUCAGGGGAGGCGCAGGGCGAGGAGGAGCGCGGGUGUUGCUGCUGGUGCUGCUAGUGCUGCUGAUGCUGAUGCUGAUGCUGCUGGAGAGGCAAAGACGGAGACCGGGGCGGAAGGGGAGGUCAAGGAGGACUUGGAGGACAUGGUGACGGAGAUGCUAAGGUCGAACCCGCACGCCGUCGACAUGCUGCCCACCGUCGUCGCCGAGGCGGCCUACCACCAAUGGCUCGUGCUGUUUGACUUUCUGGAGCCGCACCCCAGGGUGCUCGAUGAGGCAACGAUGGCGUGCUACCUGCGGAUGCUGCGCUCGCUGGAGCUCAACGACGAGGCCGACGACGGGGACACGGUGUGGAGGAGGUUGCUCGUCCGUCUCCUAGGGCGCAUCCAGUUGCUGAGCAGCGCAUCACCGGUCGCCUCCCUGUCCACUCCCCGGGCUCCGACCGUCUCCGGGACGACGGGCGAGAUGGCCAACAUAUCCAAGCGAAGGAUCACCAGCCAGCCCAGCACAACGGGCGAGUUCUGCCUUGUCCCGUGCCGCCACGGCCCCAUCGCCCAAAGAGCCCUGGACGAAAACCGGAAGGCGCUCGACCGGCUCGGCUACCUCGCCGGCAUCCUCAGCCCUCUGCCCAUCGUCUCCGGAAUCCUCUCCAUGGGGAACGGGUUCGGCCCCUAUGGCGACAAGUUCUUUGUCUUUUGGGCCGUGGCCGUCCCUCUGGCCGGGCUCGUCCUGCUCCUCAUCCACGCCGACACGAUCCGCAAGGCCGAGGUCUGGGUCGAGAUCGGCUCCGACCGCGUCGUGCCUAUCUCCCCGGGGAAGACCCGAGACGGUGAAGACCGACCGUCUCCCGGGCUGCUGCGGCAUCACGCCGUGCCCUUCGUCGUGGACCACGAGGCCGAGGAAAGGAACCUUGACAUGCCGACGAUGACGGAUGGUUCUGCAAUCCUUGCCGGAGAGCCGGAGGAUGGGGACCGGCCGCGUCGUCGCCGGUGGAGCACCGGUUGGGAACAGGUUCCCGCGGUGAUCCUGGAGAGACCGGCCGACGGGUCAAAGCCGAGAGCGUGGAAGAGGGAGCAGCUGAGCUGGUACGGCGCAAUUAUGGCCAUCUUGUUAUUCAGGAGGCUCCGGGAUGGGAGCCAUGUCCCGGAGGGCGUGGCGGCGUGUGAGAAAGCCGGCCGUUGCAGAACGAAGUCGUGCUGA